AUGCCUCACUUCUUCGACAAGCUCAAGGAGAAGGUCCACCCGACCCACGGCCGCGAAGAGCACAAGACGACCACCACCGAGAAGCAUACCGAAACGACCAAGACCGACGCCAACGCACCCGACAGCUCCGACAAGCACACCGAGACCACGACAACCACCACGACCAACCAGAACGACGCUCCAGCUGUUCCCGUCCAACGCAGCGUCGACGCGACAGCCGGAAGUCUCGAUCUGCACAACAAGGCUCGCUCGGCACAUGGCUCACAGGCGCUCGCGUGGGAUGACCAGCUCGCCCGAGACGCCGCACACUACGCGCAGAAACUCGCUGACAAGGACAAGAUGGUAUGCCCCUCUUAUUCUUCAUCUCCCCCGCGAUUCUGGGUCCAUGGCUGAUACGUCUGUCGCAGGAACAUUCCAAUGCCGCCGGCCAGGGCGAGAACCUCUUCAUGGCUACCAAUGAUGCUUCGUUUGAGGAUGCCGUCAAUGCCUGGCUGAAGGAGGAAGCGAGUUACGGUGGCGAGAAGAUUGGCGAAGGCAAUCUGGGGGAUUGGGGCCAUUACAGUAAGGUUCCGUCAACAUCUCGCGUUGAUUUUGUCUCGCUGACAGCCGCUUUCCAGCUCAAUGUGUCUGGAAGGACACCACGAAGGUCGGUAUUGGCAAGGCGAAAACCAAGACCGGUGGGACCUACAUCGUCGCGCGCUACACGCCUCCCGGAAACAUGAUGGGCGACAAGCCGUACUAA